AUGGCAGCCAAGAAACGCCAGUUGGAGGACACCGCGUCUGUCCCCAAGGCCAAAAAGACCAAGGUCGCGUCGGAGGGCAAGAAAGAGAAGAAAAAGGCAAAGCCAGAGCACAUCCCUCAACCAACUGCCCAUAUAACUCCCGAAGAAACAGACUUCCCUCGUGGAGGUGGGACCAGCUUUACCCCGCUAGAAGUCAAGACUAUUCGUGCAGAGGCAGUCAAGGAGGCGAACGAUGAACUGUUCAAAGUGCGUGACGUUUUCACUGCGUUGACGAAAAUCCAGAAGCAGCGACGGAAAUCAGACGUGAAGGGUAAGGGAAAGGCUGUUGAUAGUAAUGGAAAGAGCGACGUUCUGAGGAUCGAGCACUUGAACUACAAGCGCGUUUCCGUAGGCAUGAAACUUCUCGCUCAAAUCAUUUCCACACAUCCUCUCGGUCUCAUAGUCUCCCUUCCUAAUCAACUUGUUGGUCACGUACCAAUAACCCAGGUAUCUUCGGAACUCACACAACUGCUCGAGACCAUGGAUAUGGACGAUGUCGAGGACUCCGAGUCCGAAGAUGAGGAGGGCAAGCCAUCUAAAGUGCCUGAUUUAUUCGAAAUAUUUCAACCGGAACAGUACGUACGUUGUAUUGUUACGGCAGUGCAUGCUGCGGGAUCUACGGAAGGUGUGUCUGGUAUCGGAAGGGGAAGGGAUGAGGUUGAAAAGGCGAGUCGGAGGGUAGAGCUGAGCCUUCUCCCGGAACAAGUAAACGAGGGUGUGGCGAAGGCAGAUAUAAAGCAAGGCUUCACCAUGUCGGCGGCUGUCAAAAGCAUCGAGGACCAUGGAUAUAUCCUCAACCUUGGAAUUCCCGACGUAUCAGGAUUCUUGUCCUUCAAGGACGCUCAAAAAGUCUUCAACGACUCCUCAAAAUUACACAUCGGCCGAAUACUCGACGUGUCCAUUUCGAAAUUAUCAAGUAACGGUCGUACGUGCAAUGUAUCAAUAGCUCCUACUACUCUGCGUUCAGCUUCUAUCAGUGAAGUCACGACCGUUACCUCGGUACUCCCCGGCGAGCUUGUUCAAUGCCUCAUCACGUCUAUGACUUCCUUAGGCCUUGUCGUUCAAGUCCUAGGCUUCUUUGACGGUACUCUAGACGAAUAUCAUCUUCCUCUUGGUGAUCCGGAUGAAAUCUUCAAGAUGGGACAGAAAGUAAAAGCUCGAGUGCUGUACGAGGUUCCAGGGAAAUCACCUCCGCGCUUUGCUUUAUCGUUAGCUGAGCACGUCGUGAAACUUGAAACGAAGGGAGCAAAUUCUGGGACUAAGUUACAGGACGUCUAUCCUAUAGGAACAGUCCUUGAUACUGUUCAGGUGGUGAAAGUAGAGACAGAACGCGGGCUAGUGGUUUCAGUGCAGCCAAACAUCCGUGGAUUUGUUCAUAUAUCUCAUGUGUCGGAUGACCACGUUCCCUCGCUUUCUGCUUCUUCGGGUGCGUGGAAACUGGGUAGCAAUAAUCGCGCGCGAGUUACUGGAUAUUUUCCUAUGGAUGGUCUCCUUCAGCUCUCGAUGCGCUCCUCGGUUCUUGAACAGAAAUUCCUCCAGGUCGCGGAUGUUCAAGUUGGGGAACUCAUCAAGGGCACGAUCAAGAAGUUGACAGGCUCUGCAUUAUUUGUCUCAAUGUCGGGUAUCGUCGACGGCGUCGUCUUUCCCAAUCAUUAUGCAGACAUCAUUCUCAAGCACCCACAGAAGAGGUUCAAAUCUGGCGCAACUUUGAAAUGCCGAGUUCUCACUGUCGACCCGGAGCGAAGACGUGUUACUAUGACGGCCAAGAAGACGCUAGUCGAGUCUGAGCUGCCAAUCAUCACGAAGUUCGAAGAGGCGAAGGUUGGGCUUAUCACUUAUGCUGUCAUCUUCAGGGUGGCCGAACGACGACUGCAAAUCGAGUUCUUCAACAACAUCAAGGGGUCUGUCCCAGCGAAGGAAGCAAGCGAGGAAUCAGUAGGCUCUCUAUCGGACGCUUUCACCGUUGGGAAACCCGUGAAGGUUCGUAUCAUCUUCAUUGAUCCUGAGAGCCACAACAUUGUCGCCAGCAUUCGACAAGCAGCUUCAAAUUACGAGCCAGUCGUCGCCGAUAUCAGUGGGGUUGAAAUUGGCGACACCGUCGAAGGAGACAUCACUGAGAUCCACAAGGACAACGCGGUCCUCACGCUCAAGUCGACACAAAUCCGGGCCUUGCUCUCUCUAAAGAAUCUAGCCAAUCUGCGCAGCUUGCCAGUCGCACAGCUACGAGGCUCGCUUCAGGUCGGUGAAAAGCUGGAAGGACUAGUCGUCGUAUCUCGGAAUACCGAGAAGGGCAUAGUCAUUGUCGCCAACAAACCAAAAAUGAAACCAGCCUUGGAUAAUAAGCAACUUUUGGCCAUCGACUCUGUACAAGUUGGGCAGGUUGUCGGCGGUCGUGUCCUUCGGCACCACCGCAAGGGGACUCUCAUCAAACUUUCCUCUCAAAUCACAGGAACCCUUCAUCCCACCGAUGCGUCUGAUGAUUACGAGACCGGCUCUGUGUUCCCUGGUGUCGACUCGAUUAUCAAAGCUGCGGUACUGGCUGUUGACAAGGAGAAGAAGCACCUGACGUUGUCGACUCGUCUGUCGAAGCUAGAGCCCACCUCGCCAACCCAGAUUGUGGAUCGGGAGAUCUCUGGCUUGGCGGAUCUGAAGACAGGAGAAAGCGUCCGUGGAUUCAUCAAGGGCGUGGCCGAGCACGGGUUGUUCGUCACCCUCAGUCGAGAUGUGGAUGCUCGUGUGCAGAUCAGGGAGCUGUUUGAUGAGUACGUGAAGGACUGGAAGAGCAGCUUCAAAGUAGAUCAGCUUGUGAAGGGGCGCAUUCUGAGCGUCAAUCUGGAGAAAAAACAAGUCGAGAUGUCCUUUCGUUCCGGCGACCUUUCGCGAUCAUCGAAAUCCUCGUUGAACAUCUCCGACCUCCAGGAGGGCGAAAAAGUCGAAGGGCGCGUCAAGAAGAUUGAGGACUACGGACUGUUUAUUGAGAUCAACGGGUCAAAGUUGACCGGGUUAUGUCACAAGUCUGAGCUAUCCGACAACAAAGAGGCAAACGUCGCAUUGGCUCUUCGGAGCUUCCGCGAAGGCGAUACCGUCAAGGCCAUCGUACGCUCCAUCGACUCGGAGAAGAAGCGCAUAUCUCUUGGCCUGAAGCCUUCAUAUUUCUCCGAAGAAGAUUUUGAAGAUAAGGAGGACGAGUCGGGCAAUGAGGAAGAUGUACCUGAGGCAUUUGGCGUCAUCGAUGAGGACGCUGAGAUGUCUGAUGCCGGAGGCGACGAGGAGGGCGACGCUGAUGUGCUUUCCGAGAGUGACGAGCCCUCCGGUGAUGAGGAAGCAAUGGCUGUAGACAUCGAUCUCAACUCUGUGGCUCUCAAUAAGCCUUCGACUAGCUCGACGCCUAGCGUUCCUGCACCUUCCCUUCAACUGCAGGGAGGAUUUCAAUGGUCCGGCGGCGACGUUCAAGACGAGGACGAGUCUGCUUCGUCAGAGGAAAGCGAAGACGAGGACCAGUCUGGCAAGAAGAAGAAGAAGAAGCGCAAGGAGAUUGAACUGGACCUCACGGCCGACAUGCACACCAAGACGCCCGAGUCCAAUACCGACUUUGAACGUCUCCUGCUCGGGUCCCCGAACUCCUCGUACCUUUGGAUUCAGUACAUGUCCUUCCAGCUCCAGCUCUCUGAGAUCGACAAGGCGCGCGAGGUCGCCAAGCGCGCGCUCCAGACGAUCAGCUUCCGCGAAGAGAAGGAGAAGCUGAACGUGUGGAUGGCGCUACUCAACUUGGAGAACGUCUACGGCACGGACGAGUCGCUCGAGGCCGCCUUCAAGGACGCGGCGCGGCACAACGACUCGAAGACGGUGCACCUCCGCUUUGCAUCCAUCCUCGAACAGUCCGAGAAAUUCGAGAAAGCAGAGGAACAGCACAAGCGGACGUGCAAAAAGUUCGGCCAAAGCUCAAAGGUGUGGACGCUGUGCGGCGAGUACUACCUCAGGCGCGGCGAGCCAGAAGAGGCGCGGAAGCUCCUUCCCCGCAGCCUGCAGAGCCUAGAGAAGCGAAAGCACCUCAAGACCAUCUCCAAGUUCGCGCAGCUGGAGUACAAGCUCGGCGACCCCGAGCGCGGCAAGACGAUCUUCGAGGGCAUCGUCGACUCGCAUCCGAAGCGAUGGGAUCUCUGGGGCGUCUACAUGGACAUGGAGGCGUCGCAAAAGGAGAUCCAGAGCCUGAGGAACCUCUUCGAUCGCGUCCUCGCGCAGAAGAUGACGAGUCACAAAGCCAAAUCGUUCUUCAAAAAGUGGCUCGAGCUCGAGCGCCGACUCGGAGACGAAGAGGGCGCCGCGGUCGUGAAGCAAAAGGCGAUCGAGUGGACGCAGCGGGCGAGCCACCCGGCGGCCGAGGGCGAGAGCUAG